CCGGGGCCGCUCAGACCUGCAGCGGAGCCGCGGCGCCCGCUCAGAUCGGCUCUGGGCUGCGCCUCCCAGGACCCGGUGGCGGGCACAGGCGGGAGCGCGCCCGGGAAGGCUGGGUCCUCGGCACUGCCAGGUGUGGAUCCAUGGGGUAGCCCUAAUACAUCUGCCCUGCACCCAGCCAGCUCAUGGGCUGCCCAGCCUGGCCCAGCCUCAGUACCAGGGGCCAGUGAACAGCGCCCUGGCUGGAGCCCAAAUAUGUGGGGCCUGGUGAGGCUCAUGCUGGCUUGGCUGGGUGGCUGGGGCUGCAUGGGGCGCCUAGCAGCCCCAGCCCGAGCCUGGGCAAGGUACCAGCAUGGGCCUGGGCCAGGGCUACUGAGGACCCGAAGGAGCUGGGUCUGGAACCAAUUCUUUGUCAUUGAAGAAUAUGCCGGUCCGGAGCCUGUCCUCAUUGGCAAGCUGCACUCAGAUGUGGACAGAGGUGAGGGCCGCACCAAGUACCUACUGACCGGGGAGGGGGCAGGCACCGUCUUUGUGAUUGAUGAGGCCACAGGAAACAUCCAUGUUACCAAGAGCUUGGACCGGGAGGAGAAGGCACAGUAUGUGCUCCUGGCCCAGGCUGUGGACCGUGCCUCCAACCGACCCCUUGAGCCCCCAUCAGAAUUCAUCAUCAAGGUUCAAGACAUCAACGACAAUCCACCCAUCUUUCCCCUUGGGCCCUACCAUGCAACUGUGCCCGAGAUGUCCAAUGUUGGAACAUCAGUGAUUCAGGUGACAGCUCACGAUGCCGAUGACCCCAGCUAUGGAAACAGUGCCAAGCUGGUGUACACUGUGCUAGACGGACUGCCUUUCUUCUCUGUGGACCCCCAGACUGGAGUUGUGCGAACUGCCAUCCCCAACAUGGACCGGGAGACACAAGAGGAGUUCUUGGUGGUGAUCCAAGCCAAGGACAUGGGCGGCCACAUGGGGGGGCUGUCGGGCAGCACUACAGUGACUGUCACCCUCAGUGAUGUCAACGACAACCCCCCCAAGUUCCCUCAGAGCCUGUACCAGUUCUCUGUGGUCGAGACAGCUGGGCCAGGCACCCUAGUAGGUCGGCUGCGGGCCCAGGACCCAGACCUUGGAGACAACGCCCUAAUGGCAUACAGCAUCCUGGAUGGGGAGGGGUCUGAGGCUUUCAGCAUCAGCACAGACCCCCAGGGUCAAGAUGGACUCCUCACUGUGCGAAAGAGGCUAGACUUUGAGACACGUCACUCCUACUCCUUCCGUGUGGAAGCCACCAACACACUCAUUGACCCAGCAUACCUGCGGCGAGGACCCUUCAAGGAUGUGGCCUCAGUACGUGUGGCUGUGCAGGACGCCCCGGAGCCACCUGCCUUCACUCAGGCUGCCUACCACCUGUCAGUGCCUGAGAACAAGGCUCCCGGGACCCUGGUGGGCCAGGUGUCUGCUUCAGAUCUGGAUUCCCCAGCCAGUCCAAUCAGAUACUCCAUCCUUCCCCACUCGGAUCUGGAACGAUGCUUCUCCAUUGAGCCCGAAGACGGCACCAUCCGCACAGCAGUUUCCCUGGACCGUGAGGCUCGUGUCUGGCACAACCUCACUGUGCUGGCCACAGAGCUUGACAGCUCCGCGCAGGCCUCCCGGGUACAAGUGGCUGUCCAAACCCUGGAUGAAAAUGACAAUGCCCCCCAGCUGGCUGAGCCUUAUGACACCUUUGUGUGUGACUCUGCAGCUCCCGGCCAGCUGAUUCAGAUCAUUCGGGCUCUGGACAGAGACGAAAUUGGCAACAGUAGCCGUGUCUCCCUUCAAGGUCCUUUGGGCCCUGAUGCCAACUUCACUGUCCGUGAUAACCGAGAUGGCUCCGCCAGCUUGCUGCUGCCCUCCCGCCCUGCUCCACCCCGCCAGGCCCCCUACCUGGUUCCCAUAGAACUGUGGGACUGGGGACAACCAGCUCUGAGCAGCACAGCCACAGUGACAGUCAGUGUGUGCCGCUGUCGGCCGGACGGCUCUGUAGCGUCCUGCCGGCCUGAGGCGCAGCUCUCACCCACUGGACUCAGCACUGGGGCCCUGCUCGCCAUCGUCACCUGUGUGGGCACUUUGCUUGCCCUGGUGGUGCUCUUCAUGGCAUUAAGGCGGCAGAAGCAGGAAUCGCUGAUGGUGUUGGAGGAGGAGGAUGUCCGGGAGAACAUCAUCACCUAUGACGACGAAGGCGGUGGCGAGGAGGACACCGAGGCCUUUGACAUCACAGCCCUGCAAAACCCUGAUGGGGCGGCCCCUCCGGCGCCCGGCCCACCUGCGCGCCGCGACGUGCUGCCCCGCGCCCGGGCGCCGCGCCAGCCCAGGCCCCCAGGUCCAGCCGACGUGGCCCAGCUGCUGGCACUGCGGCUCCGCGAGGCGGAUGAGGACCCCAGCGUGCCGCCGUACGACUCGGUGCAGGUGUAUGGCUACGAGGGCCGAGGCUCCUCCUGCGGCUCUCUCAGCUCCCUGGGCUCCAGCAGCGAGGCUGGUGGAUCCCCGGGCCCUGCCGAGCCUCUGGAUGACUGGGGGCCGCUCUUCCGCACCCUGGCCGAGCUGUAUGGGGCCAAGGAGCCCCCGACCCCCUGAGAGCCGGCCCUGGCCCUGCCCGCCACGGUGGGGCAACCCGCACAGGCCCUAUGAGUGAGCCCCACGAGGUCCAGGCAGGCAGCAGCAGCCCAGGGGCCCCCAGGCUUCCCCAUCCCGGUGUCCCUCCACGCUCCUUCCCCAGAGCACCUUCCCCCUCACUCCUGAGUCCUCUGUCCAUCUCUCUGCAGGGAUCUCUCUCUCUCUCUGCGUGUGUCUCUGGCUCUGUUUGUGACAGCUCCUCUGAUGGGCCCUCGUCUGGGUCUCGGUUUUGUGGCUCUGAAUCUCUGUUUUCUCACUGUGAUUUCUCUC